CAGCUAUAGGUAGGCACAGUGGAGCGCAGCGCUCUGAGGGAUGGAUAAAAAGGUUCCCACGUGAAAGGCAUGAAUCCACGGAAGAGGAGGAGGGCGAGAUAGGAGAGAGAGAAAAAAAAAAAACAGACACAACCAGAGAGGAGAAGAGGAAGGGGUGAGGAGGAGAGGAAGGGGGAGACCAGAGAGGACCAGAUGGACUCCACACAGAGGAGAGGAAGCGGUGCAAAGCUCACCGAGCGGCAGUGACAGAGAGGUGGGAAUAAGAGAGCACGUGAACGUCACAGAGGGAUGGAAUAAUGGGAGGAGGAGAUGUGAAAGAGCAGCGAAGAAGAGGAGCGAGCGUUUGUGGGAGAAAGAGACAACACAGAGAGGAAACAGGAAGAGAGAGAGACGUGCCAUCUUCAGGAGCUCACUGUGUCUUCAGUCAUGAUAGAAUGAGUCACUGACAGAAGACUUCAGAAAGAAAGAAACAGAAGGAAAGUGAUAAAAUCUAAAGGAACGGAAGGAGGACAAAAAAAGGUACAAGAGACAGGCCAUAUGGGGAAUCAGGCAGCCCCAUCACAAACUUUGGCCAUCCAAUCUCCUGAGGGCCCAAGAGACCAAGCAAGAAGACAAGGAAGUGCAACCAAUUAGACAAGCUGAUGUGAUGGACACAGAAAGGAUGGACAGGUUGCGUUCCUUGUCUCCAUGCUUAUUUGCAAGUAACUUCUUUGGCCUAGUCAAGGGUUCACCUCCCUGCAAAGUUAAAGAAAAAUGGGAAUAAGAAGUGCACAGCUUCAGAGGACAUGGAACACUAUGGACACUUCUAAUGUGCUGAUUUGAAUGAAUAUUUGAUGCUGCAUAUAUUUAUUUUUGGAUGAGUUGAAGAGCAAAGGCCUAUACAGGUCUUUGUAUUAUCAUUUAUCACAGAGAUCUAUACUCAUUUUUUACUUGAUAUUACUACAAUGUGAACUGUGAAUAAGGAUAUCCAUCCUUUCUCGAGGACAAUCUGAGUUGCAAAAUAAUGUAUGGUGUAAGGAUCGGAGAUAACCUGAGCAGCUGCAUACAGGCCUAUUAAGAGACAUGGAACUGAAACUCAGUCAAUCAAUUGCACAGAUCUCUCAAUGUUAUAAUAAACAUAUAUUAAAGGAGAGGUCACUUUCCUUGUUGAUGCACUACCACAGCUAGGUUUCCACAAAAUCAAACAACCUGCAGAGCCUGUGGAUGUUGAGAAAUGGUGAGCAAAGAGCCAAACCACCUGCUUAGAGCCCAAACCAACGGCAAGAGCACCUUGGCCGACAAGCUGCCUGGGACGAUGACUGUGCGCUCUGUUCUGCUCAAUCGAGAUUCCCCGGAUAUUGAGAGCCGCCUAAAGCGGCGUCGCAGCCGUACCCACCAGGUCCGCUUCAAAGACCUGGAGGAUGGCAGCAGCAGCAGCGGCAACAGUGGAACAGGUGAAAACAAUAGCCAUCCGAAACCUGCCGCAGACUGUGCGAGCCCACAUCCUCUUCGUAAACACAGCAGCAGAUCCCCGCAGCCAUGGAGCGACAGGGACGGGCCACGGACCGGUGGCCUACUUGGCCAGACCUCUGUGGUUGGGGCCGUGCGUGGGGACAUGGCAAGUACUAUAGAAGUAGUGGCGGCUUUUUUAGCCAGGGCCCCUCCUCAUCCACUGACACCGGGUCCUACACGUCGAUGUUGGGCUCCACCACAGACUAACUCAUUAACCUUGCCAAUGACUCGCAAGCCCAGUACGAGCACCAGCACAGCCAUCCAGACCUCCCCAUGCCUGAAAAAGCCACAGUCCCUCUCUUCCACCACCACACGUAGCCACAGUCUCGGGGACUCGGUUGGCGUAGAUGGGGAUGACGAACAUGACUCUCAAGAUGAGUAUCUUUCGCACAACCAUGUGCCUGGGUCCAGGGACCUGAAUGGUCCUCCUGGGCCUGGUGAUCGAACUGUUGUGGAACGGAGGUCGAAAGCCUCCAGGAUCGACAUUAAAUCAGCUGUUAGUGUGGUUAAAAACUCAAGGCACAGCUGUCCCCCUUCAGUUCUACACAGCAUUGAGCCAUGUCACUGUUCCUCUGUGUCCCUCCGCGAUGGCCCCAAGCGGCAAGGAAGCAGCACUCCGUCAGUGGUCAGGAGGAGAAAGCGGCUCAGUAGGACAACAAGUGAUCCUGGAAAGGAGGUGCACUACUGCACCAUUCCUACUCAAACUGAAAGCCCUAGACGAUCUCCGUCCCUUUCCAAUACCAAACUCUGCACCACUCAAGUUCAAACUGAGAGCCCUCCCUCACCUCAAAAAUCUAAGUAUUCCACCGCCCAAAGUCAAACUGAGAGUCAGCAUAAGUCUCCACCUUUGAGUGACAAACAAUGCACAAACCAAAAUCAAAUUAGCAACACUUGUCUGGCCCUACCUCCCAAUGUGGAGUUGUGUACCACUCAAAUACAAACAGACUCUCCCUGUCACUCUCCUGCAAAUAAUCAGCCCUCCGCCACCCAGACACAAACUCGCAGCUUUUGUGCUUCCCCUCCUCCGACAGUAUCACCCAGCUCGGUGCAAAUUCAAUCUGUGAGUCCUGUAUCCCCAACUGUAACUCAAGACCCUCCCAAAACCCAAAUAACUACUGUGCCUUACUCUACCUCUCCCCUACCUACAAGUGCACCAACACAGACUCCUGAACACCAGGCCAUGGCACCAUGCUCCUCUCCAGCCAAGCCAGUUUGCACGACCCCAUCUCUGCCAAUAGCACUUUCCAUUCCAAGUUUCAAUUCCGACCCGACUAUUAUCCUAAACCCAAUCCCUUAUCAUACAUUCGAUUCAACACCAACAACCCCUAGCACUGCUAAUGUAAGCUCCAGUCCUUCUUGGACUGCUCCACCAUGCCUCACUCAAAAGUGCACCUCUCCUGUCCCAAUAGUUUCAGAUUCUCCCUUAACCACUCCUCCAUACGUAACACAUCAAGCACCACUCAAGUCAUCAACCACAACAACCCCUACUAAUCUAACACCCUGUACGUUUGUAACCCAAACUGCUUUGUCUUGCACCUCCAUAUCAUAUUACACUACCACACAUCCAGGUGGUCCCCACGCCCCUCGCCCAAAUUCUACAUCCCCUUCUUAUGCGACUCUCAUACAAACUGUAUCUCAUUGCAAUAUACCAUGUCAAGCUCUGCAAAAUGCCUCCUCCAUCAACAUAGGCAUAACCCCUUACUCCUCUCCUGUCCCCAACCUUAAAUCAUGCACUUCUCCGCCUUCACUUGUAAAAACGUAUGCGUCCACUCUUCCAAAUGCGCAACCAGGUGCAACACCAACUAAAACUGUUCCUCUGUACUCUUCCACUUUUCGUGCUGCACCACCGUACACCCCCCCCUCUCAGGCCCCCAACAAUGCUCAGGAUAAAAGGGGCAUUCGACUUCCCCCUCCUCCCCCACCACCUCCACCCUACACGCCUCGUAAGAAGGGAAAUGAUCCGCCAGGUCCUGGAAUCCGAACACCCAUGCUCAGGGCAGACAGCAAGGCCAAUGUGAAAGAUAAAGACGGUGGGAAGGAGAAAAAGGAGGAGAAAAAAUGUACAGACUCACCCAAGCUCUGCGAGCGAGCCAGCUCUCUGAAGCAUAGAGCUCAAACCCCGCCAGUUGCUGCGAUGAAGGGAGAGAAGCAGUCCUCCUCAUCCUCUCCUGCCAAGGCCUGUUUUAAGCCCAGCUGUCUCAGCUCAGCCCAGGCUCAGCUUGGGGUCCUACACAAAAUGCUCUGCUCAGGAGCCAACGUAAGGCCCAGCACUCCCAACAGCCAGCACCCUCUCCCUCCAAACCAGCAGGGUUGCUCGGGAGCCAGGGGCUGCUGUGCUUCUGGGGAGCAGUCUACAGCGGGGCCCCUGACUGCCACCCAAGCUGACACACUAAGACAGGUCCAGGAAAUUCUGGGAGGGUUGGUGUCUGGGGCUAGGUGCAAACUGGACCCGUCCAGAGUGGCAGAAAAGCUCCUGGGUCCCAAUGGACCCCUGCAUGAUAUUCGUAACUUGCAGACCCAGCUCCAAAGCUUGGAGGGGGUCCUGGAGACCAGCCAGAACACCAUCAAGGUCCUGCUGGAUGUAAUUCAAGACCUUGAGAAGAAGGAAGCGGAGAGAGAUGGAAGACAUUCCUACAGGACCGGACAGGACAUUGAGAACUGUGGGACCUGCAGGGACUGUGCCUGCAUCAUCUACAGUGUGGAGCACGACUUUCGCCUGCAGGAAGGGCAGGUCGUACGCACAUGGAAGGUGGGCGACCCUCCGGAAGGCUCACCGGAGCCCUCCACCCCCCAGGCCUCCACACCCAGCCAACAAGACUCCCCGCAGCCGGUGCGACCCCCGGCCACCACCAAGAAGAACAGGAAGAAAUGCUUCUGGUUCCUCUGAGUGCUGGAGGACGAAGAUUUUUUUGAUACUGUAAUGCACUGCGUACUUUUCUUCAAAAAGAACUAAAACAUUUUUUUUACAAAGAAUUAACUAUGGUGAUACAGAAUGAACUGGAGACUUCAGAUGGAAACAUAACACUGUGGGUGGAGAAAGCAAAUGACAAAGGUUAUGUUUUGAGCUGUUGGAGUUGAUGGAAAUGGUUCAAUUGGAGCGCACAUGUUGUUACUGCUCUUAAAAUGCCUCUUCAGCACUCGCAGGUUUGAUAUGGUGCAGGGAAGUGAAAGUGCUGAAGUCAAAUAAGAGCGAAGGUUCAGUCCACAAUAUGGAGGAAGCAAUUAGGAGACAUAAAGAGAAUGUAUAGCAGGAGAAUCGGGGGGGAAGGGGCAAAGUGCAACAGGCAAUACAGCCGAGACGACAGAGCAUAUUUAUAAAAGACGAUAUUAUUAGAGUUUAUAGGCAAAGAGGGAAAAAGACAAAGAGGAAAAGAUGAAUCUUCAUUAAUGGACUUCAUCAAUCGGUCAGGACACCAGCUUUUAUAUCCACUGACAUUUAAAAAGAAUUACUAUGAACUGUAUUUAAAACUUUUAAUAUAUUGUAAUUGAAUACACAUGUCUUCAUGCACAUGCAUUAACACAUACAUAAAAUAGCUGAUGAACAUUUACAUUCAAAGCAAAUAUAAAAGGAGAUAAUGGGGGAAUUGAGUUCUGUACAUACCAGAGCUGUUCUGCUUGGAUGCUAUAUUUCAGAUAUGGAUAACUGCUCUAUAAAAGUAUU